CAUAUAAAAAUGGAAAAUCAUGUACUCUCUUCUUGUCUGAUUCUUCCCAUAAACACCAAACAAAACCCUAGAAAUCUCCUUCAUCAUUUCUCAAAUCACUUAUCAUUGAUUUUCAAUUCAAUCAAAGCGCAGCUUUUUCAAUGGCUUCCACGACUGCCGCGUGCUCGCCCAGCUCUCUCCAGCUACGACUGGCUUUCAGUUUCAGGAAUUGUGCUAAUUCUCCUCCAAUUCUCGUUCGCUCUCGUUUCCGCUUCAAUCAUCCAGUUCGCUUUCUCUGCUAUUCAACAACCGAGGAACGACGUCGUAGAGGAAAUUCAUGUAUCAGGUUGAAGUCGAACUCCACGAGUGAUUCCUUUUCCGGCUGGUCCACUUCGGAUAAUGAUGGUGAAGAGUCGCUUGAAUCGCAGAGAAAGAAAUGGCUUGGAGGGAUUGUGGGUGCUGGCGUGGCUGGAGUUGUUCUGUUUGUGGGGCUUACCUUUGCCACAUUGUCUCUAAGCAAGCGGAACACUUCCAGAGUAAAACCAGAAAUGGAACCCUUGACAACUCAGCAGGAAGUUUCAUUGGCCUUUAAUAAUGAGAAAGUUAAAGUUGACGAGGAAGUUUCAUUGGCCUCUAAUAAUGAGGAAGUUAAAGUUGAUGAGGGUGGUGAUGGGAGGCACGAUGUGAAGCUAGAUGAUAACAAUGUGGAAAGCAAGACGGGUACAGAUAAUGUUCCUCAUUCUGAAUAUAAUGACGAUCCUAGUGAAAAAAAAAUGGCCAUCAAUACUGAAAAUCUGGCUGUAGCUGAUGUCAAUUAUGCAUCUAGUGGCGUUGAUGUCAUUAAUAAGGCUUCCAUUCAAGAAGAUUUGCAACAUGAAUCAGCUUUGCAUGAUAUCUCAGCUGCUCAUGAUGCAACAAAAUUGCCUGAACCUGAUGUUGUUGAUGGUUCCUUUAUUGCCCCUAACUUUAAAGAUUCAGAUGACAGCAUGGAUGCAUGUUUACCUGAAUCUACUUCUGAAAUCAGUGAAGGCAACCUUGUAAAUGUUGAACCAACCAACUUGUCAAUUCCAACUGACCUUAGCAAUGAUCAUCAGGAGGGUUUGCCUGGAUCAAAUGUUUCCAAUGUUACCUUGGAUUCCACUUCUGCUACCAGUGCUCAUGUGCCCAUUGAGCCUGUGGCUGUGAUUAUAUCAGUUAGUUCAGAUGCAAUUUUAGAACCUGAGGUAGUGCCCAAAGAUCUUAUAGAGGCUGUAUCUUCACCUUCAUCUAUAGAAAAUGUUGAACUCAGCGAAAAGUUACAAGCCUCAAAUGAAAGAAAUAGCUCUUCCCUGGAAGUUCAUAACUUCAGUGAGAGUUGGUCUUCUGGAACAGCGUCUCUGUCAGAAUUAGCCAAUCAAUUUUCAAAUGAAAAAGAGACAUAUCAUCAAAAUGAGAUUAAUGAAAUCAGCUCAUAUUCUGUACCAACUACUAGGAGUUCCUUCUCCCCUACUGGUAUACCUGCUCCAUCUGUGGUUUCUGCAGCUCUACAGGUGCUUCCUGGGAAAGUUCUGGUUCCUGCAGUUGUUGAUCAGGUUCAGGGGCAGGCUCUAGCAGCAUUGCAAGUGUUGAAGAUUAUUGAGGCUGAUGCGCAACCUACUGAUCUUUGCACUCGUCGUGAGUAUGCUCGUUGGUUGGUGUCUGCAAGUAGUGCUCUUUCUAGGAAUACAGUUUCAAAAGUGUAUCCUGCAAUGUAUAUAGACAAUGUUACUGAACUUGCGUAUGAUGACAUUACUCCAGAAGACCCUGAUUUUUCAUCCAUUCAAGGCUUGGCAGAAGCAGGACUAAUCUCAAGCAAGCUUUCUCAACGCGAUUUGUUUAAUGAAGAUCCAGGCCCACUCUGUUUCUCUCCUGAAAGUCCAUUAUCACGUCAGGAUCUUGUAAGUUGGAAGAUGGCCCUUGAGAAAAGAAAACUCCCAGAAGUUGAUAGAGAGGUACUACAACAAGUUUCUGGUUUUAUUGACAUUGAUAAGAUAAACCCAGAUGCGUGGCCCGCGCUUGUAGCUGAUUUGUCUGCAGGAGAACACGGAAUAAUAGCACUUGCUUUCGGUUGCACAAGACUCUUCCAGCCAAAUAAACCUGUCACAAAAGCUCAAGCUGCUGUUGCCCUUGCAAUCGGGGAGGCUUCUGACAUAGUUAGUGAUGAGCUUGCUCGAAUUGAAGCAGAAUCUGCAGCAGAGAAUGUAGUUUCUGCCCACAAUGCUUUGGUAGCUGAAGUUGAGAAGGAUAUCAAUGUGAGCUUUGAGAAAGAGCUUUCCAUGGAAAGGGAAAAGAUUGAUCUUAUGCAGAAAAUGGCUGAAGAGGCAAGACAGGAAUUGGAAAGGUUGAAAUCAGAGAGAGAGGAGGAUAGAAUUGCCUUGAUGAAGGAGCGUGCUGCUAUUGAAUCAGAAAUGGAAACUCUGUCAAAGUUACGGCAUGAGGUGGAAGAGCAGGUGGAGAGCCUUAUGGGUAACAAGGUGGAGAUAUCAUAUGAAAAGGAAAGAAUUAACAAACUUAGAAAAGAAGCAGAGAUUAAAAACCAGGAGAUCGCCAGGUUACAAUAUGAGCUGGAAGUUGAGCGGAAAGCCUUGUCUAUGGCUAGGGGUUGGGCUGAGGACGAGGCUAAAAGAGUAAGAGAGCAAGUGAAAGCCCUGGAAGAAGCAAGGGAUCGGUGGGAGAAACAUGGUAUUAAAGUAGUAGUUGAUGAUGAUCUCCGUGAAGAGAGUGCUGGUGGAGUUACAUGGCAUAAUGCUGGCGAGCAAUUAUCAGUGGAAGGAAGUGUCAACAGGGCUCAGAGCCUGGUCGACAAGCUCAGGGGAAUGGCCAAUGAGGUUAGGGGGAAAUCUGAAGAAAUAAUCGAUAAGAUCAUUCAGAAGAUACUUCUCUUCAUCUCAGUUGUUAAAGACUGGGCAUCAAAGACCAAAACAAGAGCCGAAGAAUUAAAAGAUGCAACGAUCCUGAAAGCAAGGGGGUCGGUAAAUGAAUUGCAGCAAAGCACUGCAGAAUUCAAAUCGGCCGUCACCGAAAGUGCAAAGCGGAUAGCCGGAGACUGUAGAGAAGGGGUCGAGAAACUCACUCAGAGGUUCAAAACAUAACUCAAGCUCUUUGUCUUCUUUUCUUAUAGCCCCAAAAAUUUUUCUUGCCGGCAAUUGCUUUGCUCGCUCACGAAUAAGAAUAUCAAAAUUGAAAUCAAUAAAAAAACCAAAGGAAUUUCAUUUUGCA